ACUGCCUCAGUUGAUUACCAUCCGUCGGCGUGUCUGAAUCAAUUUGUAGUCGUUGCUGGCGACAUCACCGAGAAAAGAGGGAUUCUUUCUGCAUGUUCGGCAUUGCGGAGGAAUUCGGGAUUUAGUGGGUGUUUGUGGGUGAUUUUUUUGUGCUUGCGUCGCUUCGACAGCUGGACCACCAGCGAAUACGGAUGAUUAAGUGGAGCUAUAAAUAAGAAAAUUAAAUUGUGUCGCGCUGUGUCAAUAGGGUUGAUUCUGCACGAGCAAUUGCUCGAGUGAUUCUUCACACACAAAAAAAAAAUAUAAAAAAGAGAAUGUUUUCAAUGUGAGAGAGAAUAAGGAUUCGCUAUAUAUACGUACUAUAUGGGAUUUGCAGUGUUAUUUAUUUGACUUUUGCCAGAGAAGAAUUUCAAUUGCUCACAGGAAGUUUUUCAUUUUUCUUCUGUUGUACUUUCGUUCCGCCUCCGCUUAACUCUCAACAACCUGGAAAACAUUCAGUGUUGGGAUACAAACAGAUUCAAGAAGGUAUCACGCGGGGUUGGGAUAUAAGAAGUGCGAAGCAUGUGGCAUCGAAAGAAAAAGUGGAUGGUAGUGUAGAUUUAGCAAAAAGGAGGGAAACAACAACAAGAAAAGAAAAAAAAAAAAGAGGAAAUUAAAACAACCGGAAGCUCUUGAGUGUGAAAUGAAAUUCAAGAGUGGAAGAUCCCUAAUGAAUUUCAAUGUGCUGUGGUGAAAGUUGUGGUGGCCCAUUCUCUCAAAUGUACCGAGAAUGAAAGUUUUAUAUGAAACAUGGAGAAGGUUCACAAGUUUUAUCAGUGGAAUAUCGGCGGUAAAACCCUAAUUCGGCAUUUCCUCGUGUAUAUUUUAUGUAUGAUUGGAAUGUGUCCAUUGAGGAUACAUUGCAAUGGAUCACAGGAUUUUCAGAAGCAUAUUCCAACACGCCUCGUGUGGGCAGCCGUGGAUCAUGAUGCAGAAUUGCCCUGUGACGUAGCAUCAUCAACACCCCGGGACUCAGCUAAGCUCGUCCUGUGGUUUAAGGACUCCACCGGGAUACCCAUAUACAGCUUGGAUUCCCGAGGUGGAGGCCCAUUUGAGUCUGCCACCCACUCCGCCCUUGCCAGUGAUCUCGGGAAUCGCCUGUACUUCUCAUCCGGGACCCGACCACAUGAUGCCAAAUUGCAGAUUCGUGGUGUCAAAUCCACCGAUGAGGGUGUCUAUCGGUGUCGGGUGGACUUCUUCAAUUCACCCACUCGAAAUUUUAGAGUUAAUUUAACUUUAGUUGUUCCACCCGAGGAACCAAAAAUUUUCGAUGCUCAAGGCAAAGAAGUAACAGGUGGAGUUGCUGGACCAUUUCGUGAAGGUCACGAACUCUUCCUCUCCUGUCAGGUUUCUGGAGGGCGCCCUCCACCCAAAGUGACUUGGUGGCGAAACAGCGAAGAAAUUUCUGGCAUUAGUCACCCCUCGGCAGACAUUCAGACUACCACCGUUGUGAAUCAGCUCUUCAUUGGCAAUAUCACAAGGGAAUUUCUGGGUACGAGGUUGCAAUGCCGCGCCCAGGGUUCCAAACUCAUUCCUCCGGUGGUGAAGGAGUUUGCCAUUCAAGUACAUUUGAAGCCCCUCGCAGUUAAAAUCGUGACGGCGAACGAAUUGCUGCGGGCUGGCCAGACUAUUCCAUUGCGCUGUGAAGCCUGGGGGUCGCAUCCUCCGGCAAAGAUUGUGUGGCUUCUCGACGGGGAGCCCAUCAGGAAUCCCAACUUAACAAUUUGCAGCGACAGAGAUGAUGGUAAUUUUACAUGCAGCAUUCUGCCAUUGCGGGUUAUUGCCGAAUAUGAUGGUGCUGAAUUGACGUGCCGAGCCACUAAUCCCUGGUUCUCAGCGGGAACUCUGCAGGAUAAGCGAAUUAUUCACGUUGCAUAUCCACCCAUUGUAUCUAUCCACUUGGCCAAUGAGGACCCGAGUCGUCUGGUGAUAAGAUCAGAAGGACAGAAUGUUACACUGAAGUGCCGGGCUAACGCUAGACCAUCAGUCACAUCAUUUGGUUGGUACAAGAAUGGAAUGAGAAUGACGGGCGAGAGUUCAGAGACGCUGCAUCUCAUGAUGCUGGAGCGGGAGAGUGAGGGAUCGUACAGUUGUUCAGCACUCAAUAUUGAGGGUGAAACCCAGAGUACCCCUCUCGUCAUCCAAGUGCAAUAUUCUCCACGGUGUAAGCCUGGCACAGAGCAAAUCUCACUGGGAGCCCUCAAUCUUCACACUAUUUCUGUGAAAUGUGAGGUUGAUGCUGAUCCGGCGGAUUCUGUUCGAUUCAGCUGGACGUAUAACAAUACUCGGAAUGUCUCUCCAGUCCUCAACUCCCGGAUAAACUCACACGGAUUAGUCAGUUCUAUGACUUAUAUGCCACAAUCAGACAGUGAAUUUAUUACCCUGGCGUGCUGGGCGAGCAAUUCUGUUGGAAGGCAGACGAUACCCUGCCUCAUUCACAUUUUUCCAGCAAGAACGCCAGAUCCACCGCGGCUAUGUGAAUUGUACAAUAAUACACAUUUAGAAGUCGUUUGUAUAGCAGGAAAUGAUGGUGGCCUGGAACAGCAUUUCCUGCUUGAGGUGAUAAAUGGCGAGGAUAUUCACGGACGAGCCUUCUCUACAUUGCCGGAUGCAGAGAACGAGAUAUCCACAAUGAAUGAUCAGGCGACAUCAGCACCAUUGUUGCGGCUAAAGGAGGAUAAGCCAUUGUUCAAAUUGGAUAAUUUGGAGCAUGGCCGAGAAUACCAAUUACUUGUGUAUGCUGUUAAUGCUAAAGGACGAAGUUAUCCACCAGUUGUGCUUGACAAAGUGAGAAUUAGCAAUUUAAAUCUCCUCUAUGAAAAUAUCUCUCUUUUUCCAACAUUACAUGACAAUAUUGCAGAUGAAACAAUAGUUUCCGAUGACUUAUCUUCACCGCCAGCAAAUGAUGGUAGUGAAAAGAGGGAAUCAACAUUGAUUAUCCUUGUUGCUAUUGUUGGUUCAGGAAUUAUUAUUGUUAUAUCAAUUGUCAUUGCUGCCAUUGCGAUUACAUAUCAUCACAUGCGACCCAAGCCGCCACAGCCCCAGGAUGUGAGGAAGAGGAUGAGGCCGGCAAGAACCGACGUGCCAUCGAUGUAUUCGAGCGAGGAGGUCCUGGAGGAGGAGGUGACGGGAUCCACCGCAAUUCGACCCCAUCAUGCAUCAAUUAGUCGAAGUAGUCGUUAUAUAAGUGAAGGAUUCGUGCAAUAUUCACAGCCGAGUCUCAAUAAUGUAUAUAUUACAGAUCCUGAUUUAAUACUCCAGCACAGCGAUUUUGAAUUCAGGAACAUUAGUGGCCAUUAGAGGUUUGGAUGAGUGGAAAAACAUGAAAAUUUAUAGACAUCACCGUCAAAUGUGUUAGGAUAUAAUAAUGUUAGAUUAUCAAGAAACUAUAUAUUAUAAAAUACGGAAAAAUAAGAAAAUUAAUUUCAAAUCAUCACCCAAAAGCAUAUGUUACAAUUGUAGGAAAAUGAUUGUAUCCAUAUGGGCGUAAAUGAAAAAUGGAUUAUUAUGGCAAUAAAAUCAAACGAAUGGAUAUUUUUUAA